AUGACAGCUGAAUACCCAGUCUCCUAUUUAAGCUGGAAUGACAGCGGACCCGUGUCUAUCGUUCUAAUCCACGGCGCUUUGGUGUCUGGCAGUUGGUGGGACCUCGUGGUCCCCUAUCUCUCAACCAAAUAUCACGUUUUGGCCCCCGACCUACCAGGCCACGGCCAAUCGACUCACCAAGAAUUCUCAGUGCAGUCUGCCGCAGAUUUACUAGCACAACUUAUUCGCGACAAGGCAAUUGACUCGCACGCACACGUUGUAGGACACAGUCUCGGCGCUCGAGUAGCCAUCCAGCUCGCAUGUGCCUAUCCCGACCUGGUGCAAACAGUAUUUGUAUCGGGGUUUAUGUCAAUUCCUCGCACUGUCUUCACGCCUUACAUUCCCCGUGCGGUAUGGGCGACGCAGCGUAUCGAAAAUCUGAUACCGAGGUCGGUGAUUCGAUGGGCGAUGGAUGGUACCGAUAUUCCUCGUAAUCCAAGCUUAAGCACGCUGGCGCUUUGUCAACAAACUAUGACGCCUUCAGUCGAAUUGCAAUGGCCGGCUCCUUGGGCUGCUAGGACUUUGAUUGUGGUUGCUGCAAAGGGGGGUCUAGUACCCAGUGGUGAUAGCAAGGAGGUUGGCGUGAGGUUAAUGAAGACUGGUCGUGAAGGAAAUCCUGAGACCAUCGCUUACAGUCAUCCGGAAAUGCGGCAUCCAUGGAAUCGACAAAAUCCGCAGCUCUUUGCGGAUACCGCUCUGGCUUGGAUUGAAAAGGGAAAUAUACCUGAUGGGUUUGAAAAGCUUGUGCAUGAAUGA